UCAUUUGCCAUAUGCCGUGAAUGCACUCUAAUUUGUAUUACACGUAAUUGAGAACAUGAUAGCUAAAAUGCAGCAUUUUGAUCCGCCAAGUUCGGCAAGUUCAGAAAAUGAUGAUGAAGUUUGUUUGGGUGAAAAAGAAAUUUUCCUUGUUGACGAAUUAUGCGAAGAUGCUGAACAUUAUAGACGUUUUGAUAUCAGGACUCUAACACCGCAAUCUCCGAGACCACCUUCUACAAAUGAAAUUUUUUUAUUCAAACUCACUUCUUAAUCAUUGACUUGGAAUACCUGUGUUUGGCAAACAGGAUGUACCUGGUUUACUGAAGUAGAGUCUUUUUAUAAUUUGAAGAAAUCAGUUAAAACUUCCAAAAAUUCACAGAGAUCACCUAGAUCGAGGAGACAAUGUAUUACUAGUUUAUCAAAAAAAACUUCUGUAGAAUCUAUUUUUAGAAG